AUGGCAGAAGUAAUCUUAUAUGAAAGUCCUAUUGGAUAUGCAUUAUUUAAAGUAAAAGAGAAAGAAGAAAUAGGAAAAGGAGAAGAAUUUGAAAAAUCCAUAAAUAAUUUUGGGAAAUUUUCAAAGAUAAUAGGAUUAGAAGCAUUUGUAGAAUUUAAAACAUCAGAAGAAUUACUUGAAAAUAUUAAUGCGAUAUCAGAAGGAGCACUUCAUGAAACAUUAAGAAAAUUUUUAGAAGAAAAUGUUAAAAAGAGAGUAUUAGGAAUAGUUGAUGAGAAAUUAGGAAGUGCAAUUAGUGAAGCAAUGAAAAUUAAAUGUACAAAAGGAAAAGAAGUGAACAGUGUUAUUAGAGGGAUUAGAACACAUUUUAGUAAAUAUUUAAAAGAUAUUACAAAUGAAGAUCUUAGAACAGCUAUGUUAGGACUUGGACAUAGUUAUUCAAGAAAUAAAGUUAAAUUUAAUGUAAAUAAACAAGAUACUAUGGCAGUUCAAGCUAUAUUUUUAUUAGAUCAAAUGGAAAAAGACAUGAAUACAUUUAGUAUGAGAAUUAAAGAAUGGUAUUCAUGGCAUUUUCCUGAAUUAUAUAAUAUUUUAAAUAAUGAUAAUACUAAAUUUGUUAAAUCAGUAUUAAUCAUUCAAAACCGCCAUUCAAUAGAUGAUAAAAAGAAAGAAGAAUUAAUUAAAAUUACAGAUGAAGAAACAGCAGAAGAAAUCAUUAAAGCAGCUAAUUCAUCAAUGGGAUUUGAUGUUAAUGAGUUUGACCUUCAAAAUAUUAAAAGAUUUGCAGAACGAGUAACUGAAUUAUAUGAAUAUAAACAAAGAUUACAAGAAUAUCUUCAUUCUAAGAUGACAACCAUUGCACCUAAUUUAACAGCAUUAAUAGGAGAUAGUGUUGGAGCAAGAUUACUUUCUAAAGCAGGAAGUUUAACUAAUUUAGCUAAAUAUCCAGCAAGUACACUUCAAAUUUUAGGAGCAGAAAAGGCAUUAUUCCGAGCUAUUAAAACAAGAGGAAAUACACCUAAAUAUGGAGUUAUUUUUGGGUCAACAUUUAUUGCAAGAGCAGAAGCUAAGAAUAAAGGACGAAUUAGUAGAUUUGUUGCUAACAAAGCAUCUACAGCAGCAAGAAUCGAUUGUUUUGGAGAAGUUUCUACUGAUAGAUUUGGAGAAGUUAUGAAAGAACAAGUUGAAGAACGAAUGGAAUUUUUAAAGAGUGGAAAAGUUCCUAAGACAAACACGGAUGUAAUGGAAGAAGUUAUGAAAGAACUUCAUUGGAAUGAAGAAGAAGGAAAGAAAGAAAUAAUCAAAGAAUCUGAAGAAAGCACAACAAGUGAAUCAGAAAGUGGAACAACAUCAGAGGAAUAA